AUGGAGCAAGAGAUGUUGGUUCUCUCUGGUAAUUUACUCAAGAUCGACAAAGACAUUACCUCCUUGUCUAACAAGAUGGAGCCGGAUAUGAAUUUGAUUGCCGACAAGAUCGAUCAGGACCUCAUCACUUUAUCCAACAAACUGGAUCAAGUCAAUGAGACAGUUGACAAUCUCACUUCUCAUCAGCCUGGUAAUGGAUCUCAUGGUCCUCCCGCCGCUGUCACAGGAGUCCCGGCCCCAGCAACCCCCGGACCCUGGAAGUACACCCCCAAGCUGAAAGCAAAGGUGUAUGCUAUUGCAUACAAAUUGGUUGCACUGCCGACCAUCGGCGCUUAUACCGCGCUUGAAACCCCAGCUGGAGACUUAAUCAUGAACUCCCUGUUCAGCACAGUUAAGAAACAAUCAAGGACAUCCCAGUUACUUGGGCUACCAAACAACUUCCUCCAGUCGUCAAUGGAGCCCAGGAUGUUGGGGCCAUCCAAAGGUAGGCGUCCUUGGUUAAGGAUGCUGGCAAACACGCCUGAGAGCGUUUGCACAUCUUGGUGUUGCACAAUAUUAAAUACAACCCUGAAGCCACCGUUCCAUGCCUCAAAAAGCUCCUGCAUCGUAUCGCCAGAAAAUGUGGAGAUAAAGCCGACGGCCUUGACGUCCAGGCCUAUUGGGCCCAAACGUCUUUGGAACUACGCCUCCGGAUUGCCUACCUUCGACACAAGGCUGUACGCAUUUUCCAAUUGCUUCGAAAAGGCGGAGGUAGAGGAAAUAUCUGGGCGCGGGUGGACCAACAGCUGA